CUCGCUCUCGAUGAUAGAUGAACAGAUAUCACAAUCUUCUCACUGUCGUAUAGAGCUAUAAGAUCCGCUGGAAGUGUAAUCACUAGAACCGGAGUGACAUGACCGACCACGCUUCAACAUCCCAAUCGAUCGCCCCAGGAUCUCUUCCUUUCGGCAGCGCGAGUGCAUACGCCGAUACGUUUCUCUCGCCUCCUCGUCAAGUCUCGGUUUCUCCAGCAACAUGUUACAAUCUCAGUCUGUUCAAGGACUUGAUGAAGCAGUACCGAAAGCUCGAUGACACCAUCGUGACCAAGCUGAACCGGGCAAACGCAGCGAGGAGAGACUCAAAUAGGACAAGAGGAGUUGCCUCAACGGACGGCCAGGAAGAGAUGUGUCUAGCUUUAUGGCAGGAGAUGAUCGCCGGCUACGAAGCAAGACAAAAGCUUCUGACCUACUGCACUGGAGUCGUCGAUGAGAACCUGAGUUCGAAAAGGAAAGCACAUAUCGAGGCUGUGGGCGUGACUAGGUCAUCACCAGCCUUGGGACAAUUCGAAGAGGAGGUUCUAGCAAACCAGUUGCACACCGAGCAAAGCGUCGAAGCGAUCAUCCGUAAACGAUCGUUAGAAGCCUUCAAGUCCUCAUGCAAGUUCUUCAAACCGCCUCCAUCGGAAGAACGGGCUAGGGGUUGGUGGGAGGCGGCAAACCAGGCCAAGUAGGGUGAUUAUGGAGCAGUAUGGCAAUGGAGAGGCUCCAACCUGUAUGAUAGGUUGUCCAUUGUGAUUCUUUGCACACUAUACUGUUUGGCAUUACGACGUCGCGCUUCUGGCUGGAGCCCGCGCUUACCAGCGUUGUCGAUCGUCGAUCACUCGAGCAAAGGUGGAGGCAGGAGCAUCCUUUCGCUGAUGGGCCGUCGCAUCAAAGGGUCAGGCAUCCUGCUGCCAACAGGAAAGGGCUUUAUCCUCCUGUCACGCCGUCUU